CGCCACCUCAGCUGAGUUAGAGGACGCACAGGCACAGGUACAGAUUAUGCAGCUUUGGGGACUGGCAGACUUCUGAAUACUCAUUUAUUCUGGUGCUUCAGCUUGUUCAUCUUGGGAUUAACCGCAGGUGCUUUCCUCAUUUAUUUUUCAGCAGCAAGGUCUCUCAGGACUUUUGAUCUGAUCCUGUUUGUCUAUAAUGAGUCACCAGAGAGAAGGGUCCGGGACCGAACGGUGGGAGGCCCUUAUUGAAAUUGUGUGGAGAGUGUGUCGCCUCCUGGCAGAGUCAGUGUAACCUGAACACGACAACACAACAAGGACCAGGACCAUCUUACGUUACAAGGAGCCACACAGCUUAACAUGGCAAUGAGAUCCAUUCAAGCCUUCAGUGCUGUAGUUCUCCUCCUCACUUUGUUCACCAUCUUCUUCUCAUCCUUUCACCUGUCGACCAUCUACAGCCACAAGGAUCAACCUCUCAGCUCCCAGGUCCACGACAGCGAUGUGACAACGCAGUCCUCCAAGCAAGUAAGCCUCACGAAGCCUCACCCUGUUGAUGUGCUCAAUGUGUCUGUGUCUGAAGACCUCAGAAAGACCAUACCUAAGAAUGGAGCGUACUGGAACCGCCUGCUGUACUCGGCCCUGAGCAUUCUGGACCAGGGGAACCUCCCCCUCAGAGGGGACUGGUCAAACUGCAGGGAGACGAAUCCGGAGCGGCUGCAAACCAAUGUGCACGACCUGGCCUCCUAUCCUGUCUUGUUGCAGGACUUCUUGCAGGGCCUGAACUGCAGCUCCUCUCCGGUCCUCAUCAAUCAAUCCCACAAGUGCAGCUCAAGUCAAGAGGAGGGACACGACCAAACCUUCCUGUUGUUCGCCAUCAAGACGACUCCUGGCAACUUUGAGAGGAGACAGGCGGUGCGGGACACCUGGGGCAAAGAGGGGGUGUAUCAGGGAGGCCUGAGGGUCCGCACAGUGUUCCUCCUGGGUACCCCCCCGCCGGACGCCAUCGACCUCAGCACAAUUCUCUCAUUGGAAGCGAAACACUUCGGGGACGUCCUGCAGUGGGAUUUCCAAGAAUCCUUCUUUAACCUGACGCUGAAAGGGAAUAUGUUCCUCCAGUGGACACUAAGAAACUGUCCUCAUGCCUCCUUCGUCUUCAGUGGAGAUGAUGAUGUAUUUGUCAACACACCAGCUUUGCUCAGAUACCUGAAGUCUCUGCCGGCUUCUCAAGCAUCUCACUUGUUUGUUGGACACGUCAUAAAGACAGCAAGUCCCCACAGGGACCCGAACAACAAAUACUACAUCCCUCUGAGCUUCUAUGAUGGCCCAUACCCUGCUUAUGCUGGUGGAGGCGGUUUUGUCAUCUCUGGAUCUCUGCUGCAGUCUCUAUAUUCUGUUUCUCAUUUCAUUCCCUUCUUCCCCAUCGAUGAUGUCUACACUGGGAUGUGCGCUAAGGCACUGGGAGUUUCUCCUGAGAUACACCCAGGCUUUAUGACCUUUGACGUCAAGGAGCAAGAUCGUGGGAAUUUGUGUGUCCAUAAAGAUCUGAUUAUGAUCCACCAGCGCUCGCCAGUGGAGAUGAAGAAGCUAUGGAAGGGCAUUAACAGCCCCCUGCUGACUUGUUGAACUACCGAUGAGCCACUAAAGAGCAUUUCCCUCGAAGUUUCAAGAUUACACAGCACAAGGAAUUCUAUCGUUGAAAUCUUUCAAGGACUUACAAGAAACCAAAUAGCUGCUAAUGUCCAUUGAAGUUACAUUUUUAACAGGUCAUAAAUAUUUUUUAACUUAAAUUACCAAAGAAGCAUUUAUUAUUUUUGGUGAGUUAUUUGUAAAGAUACUUCACAUUUAAGUGGAAAACAGUCUACAGGGGCCAUUUGGCUUAUUUCCAUUCUACCAGCGCGUUUAAAUGAACAAAAUAAACCGAGACAAUUUAAAUAAGUUCUUUUGUUUAUUUUUCCACAAAACAUCGAAACACGUAACAGGAGCUAGACGGGUGUGUAGUUCUGGGACUUAGUGUUGUCUGUAACAGCAUUAUUCACACACAUCAGACAUUUGUGAGUUCUAAAAACAUUUAAACACAUUUUUUAAAUCAGUGUCACAAAAGGAAACUUCUUAAACGCCACAAUAAACAAGAGAAGACAGGAGAGAGGAGAGAACAGAGGUAAACUUCCACCAUUUAUUGCUUGAUGUGUGUGGUUGUUUUUAUGCAUAAUGCAGUCAUAUUGCAGCAGAACCGGGAUGUGAAACUAAAGUGUGAUUUAAUGUCCAUAGAAAACAGUAAGUCUACUAACUGAAGGCACCAAACCCAGAGGUAUGAAGUACAAUCUGCAGAAAGAAAUGA